AUGGCCAUGCGAGCGCAGAAGAUGGGGUGUGCUUGGGGCAGGCUUUGCCUGCUGCUCUCCCUCCUCCUCCAGCUGCCGGGCUCCCAGGCCAAAUGCUACUUCCAGGCUAAAGCUCCCUGCGAGUACGAGGGGAAGCAGUUCUCCCUCGGGGAGUCGUGGCUGAGUACCAACUGCCUGCUCUGCACCUGCCUGCACCCCAUCGGCGUGGGCUGCUGCGAGACCACCCAGCACCCCAUCGACUUUCCCGACUGGUGUGAGGCCCACUACGACUCACAGACCUGUCAGAUCUCAGUGGUGCAGAAGGCCAACCCCAGCCUGCCCUGCGUGAAGAGCAUGGAGCAUGAGUGGGGCUCAGCCGGCACCCCCGAGCCACUGAGCAACAAGGUGCUGGGCACAGGGCUGAGCAGAUAG